UUGGCUGAAGAUCCUUCAUUCUCUCUCUACAUCAUCGGCGACGACCGGCGACGGCAACGGCGACGGCGAGCUUCAAUUCAAGCAGCAAAGAUGAUGCACAUGACUUUCUAUUGGGGAACAACGGUAACUCUAUUGUUUGAUUUCUGGAAAACUGAUUCAUUGAUCAGUUACAUCCUCACGCUCCUUGUUUGUUUCCUCUUCUCAACUUUCUACCAAUACCUCGAAGAUCGUCGUCUCCGAUUCAAAUUACAAUCUCUUAACAGUUCUAAAACAGUAAUAAAUUCAUCUCCAUCUCCCGGAGCAUCGAUCGAUUCUCCUCUCCUCCUAUUCCGACGAGGAGGAAGAUGGAGCGUUGUUAAGGUAGGAGGAUCUGUUCUAUUUGGAAUCAAUUCUGCCCUAGGUUACUUUAUGAUGCUAGCGGUUAUGUCGUUCAAUGGAGGUGUGUUUAUAGCUAUUGUAUUUGGUCUUGCUGUUGGAUAUUUACUGUUUAGGAAUGGUGAUGAAGAUGCGGUUGAUGUUGAUGUUGUUGAGAAUCCUUGUGCUUGUGCUUGAUUGAAGAAUUGAAAAACUUAGAUCUCUUUAAUCCUAUCUUCUUGAAUCAGAUUGUUGUUGUUUUUGAGAAAUUUGCAGAUUUAUUUGAUGAUUCUCAUUUGGAUGAUGUUGAAUGUUGAUAGUUUGUUGGAGUAUAUAAAAUUGCAUAUUGAAUAUUCUAAUGAUAUAUUUAUGUAUUAAAAAUAAUAAUUUUAAUGCUUUAUU